CUUUGAUCUACACUGUCAUCUAACCAAGCAACCUAGAAACGCUAAAAGAAGCAUCCAGGAACCAGGAGUCAAAAAUACAGGAAGAGGGAUAGUUUGGAGAUCUUCACGCUAUGUUAAUUGAGGAGCGUAUAUUAACACUUUUCAAAAGGAACUGUCAACAUACACUGACAUACUGGAGCGUCUUCUUCAGUUUUGGACUAAGCAUCGCCUUCUUGGGGCCAACUAUCCUAGAUCUGAAAUGUCAAACCGGCUCCACAUUACAGGAGAUCACCUGGGUGUUCUUCUCCCAGCAGUUUUGCUUGCUCGUCGGGACCUCAGUUGGAGGAGUUUUCAGAAAAACGUUGUUGAGUGCCCUAACCACCCUCUUCCUCUCCACCUUCAUCAUCUCCGUGGUUUUUGCCAUCAUUCCAUUUUGCUAUAAUGUGCUGUUGCUGGCAGUUGCUAUGGCAGUGUCAGGUCUGGCUAUGGGUUUCAUUGAUACUAUUGCAAACAUCCAGCUGGUGUCCAUUUAUAAGAAAGACUCUGCCAUGUUCUUGCAGGUACUGCACUUCUUCAUUGGGCUUGGUGCUUUGAUAAGUCCCCUGAUUGCAGAUCCGUUCAUCUCUGAACACUGCCUGGGUGCAAACAGCACCGAAAACGCCUCAGUGUUACUCCACCACUUCAGGUUAGCGCCAGUAAUCCACGAUACUUCCCCACACUCUCUGCCAGUUCAGGAGAAACCCAGCGUGUCGUAUGCCUUCUGGAUCAUGGCUCUCAUAAAUUUGCCUGUGCCGAUUGCGGUUCUCGUGCUGAUGUACAGAGAGAAGCUGCUUCCCUGCUGUCCAAACAGCCCUCCGCGGCUGCUGGACAAAGACGAAUUGGAAAUGGAGACCCAGGCAUCAGGCACCAAAGAGAUGCAUGAACCAGUAACUGAAGGACAUGGAAAUCUCUUCAGCUGCUGUAUGAAUGGUAAUCUGAGCAGGUUACCUGUCACAUUUCUUGGCAUCCAUAUCUUGGGUGGGAUUGUCCUGUUUAUGUCAGAAGGCAUUAUGGGGGUCUACGCUGGUUUUGUUUAUACAUAUGCUGUUUCGCCUCCCAUGUCACUGCAUGCAAAAAUGGCGGCAUAUCUCAACUGUGUCUUCUGGGCAGCGAUCACUGCAGGACGCCUGGUGUCAAUCCCCCUGUCAUACCGCUUAAGACCCGUCUACCUGCUCAUCGUCAACCUGGCUGGUGUGAUUGUUAUAUCGCUGCUAUUGUUGGUCUUCUACACAAACAGUUUGUUUCUGUUUGUGGGGACAAGCUUGCUUGGGCUUUUCCUCAGCAGCGUUUUUCCCUGCUUACUGGCUUAUACUGAAGACAUCCUGAACUAUACGGGAUGUGCAACUUCAGUCUUGGUGGCCACUGCUCAAAUGGGUGAGAUGUCUAUGCAGGUGUUGGUUGGAUCUGUGAUUCAGGCUAAAGGAAGUUACAGUUUCCUGGUGUGUGGCAUGCUUCUCGGCUGUCUUGCCUUCAUCUUCCUCUUGUUCUUGGUUUUAUGUAACCACAUCCACAGAAAACUCGCAGGACCAUCUAAAAAAGCCGGUAUGGUUGAAGACCCACCACCAUUCACUCUACCUACUCCAGAGAAAGCAGGAUAGAAAAUUCUUAUAACACAACUCAAAUGUGACUCCAGAUGAGACCCUCCGUGGGUCACAACCUGCUGGAAACACUGCACCCCUCCACUGUAAACAUUAAGGGUGCCCUUGUGGUUUUGUUAUCAUGUUCAUGUAACAACGUGAAAAACAUACAUUAUGGGGCAAUAAGGUAUUGUGCCUCUCUGUUAGGUUUGCUAUUAUCUGGUGUUUUUAUUUGUUUUACAGAUUCUCAGUAAGUAAUUGAGGGAUGGAGUUUUGAACACAGAAAUUAAAUAUAAAUAAACUUGUUUUGUACUUCACCCAUCAACACAGAGAAUCAUUCACCAAAUUAAACAACAGAUUCAUCUCCAAACGUCUCAAUUAAUCUUUCACCAACCUAAGGGAAUUCAUAGAAGUUCCUAGAACAUCUCUUGCUCAAUACAAGUGUUCAUUUUGUAAACAUAAUGAGUUUCAUAAACUAGAAGGUCGGGUUAAUGUGAUCUACACCAUUCACAAAUUUAAAAAAGACACUUUACUAAAGAAAAACUUGUAACUCUUGAUCAUCAAUUACUGAGGACAAAUCACAUGGUGCUUUAUAUAUACUUCAACACUUUGUAAUAUAUGUAUUUAGUAUAGCAUACUUCACCUAUUCUAAAAAGAUUUAUUUAAACUUUAUCCUUUAUAAUCCCAAAAAGAUCACCAUGUUAUUUCCAUACAAGUAUAACAGACUACAUUUAUUAUUAUAAUAAAUGUGUACAUCUUAAA